AUGGCCGGCUCAAAACAUAUUGAAUUAUCCAACUUGGAUGUUUUAACGACAAAUAAAUCUCUGGAAGACCUGCAUGAUCCAUUAGAACAGGGUAUAAAUCAGGAUACUGAUCCUUUGAUAAGCGGAAAUAAAAUAGUUAAAGAUAAUGAUAAUGACACCGUUACUGGGAAGAUACUUGUUAAUUCUGAAGAAAAUGAAAUUGAAAAUGAACAAGAGGAAUUUGUAGAAGUAUGGAAAAGUGUCCAGUGGAAGGGAAAUCAAAUUCAAGUGUAUCCACUAGAUUAUCAACAAUACAGUAUAGUGAAGUGGCAAGUCAUAGCGUGUUUAAUUAUGUUCAUAGUCUUUGGGUUCAAUGACCAAAGUAUGGGUGCUUUGAUCCCCACGUUGGUAGAAGAAUAUAACAUAUCGCAAGUUAAAGCGUCUAAUAUCUUUUUAAUUCAAUUGAUAGGUUACACAUCAGCAUCGUUGUUAAAUGAAAGGAUCCAUUCAAAGUUUGGUAUGAGAGGAGGGAUGCUUAUUGCUGCUUCUAUCUGUAUUAUAUUCUUCGUUAUUCUUUCAUUAAAACCAUCUAGUUUUAUUAUCUAUGCAUUUUCUGUGUUUCCAUUGGGUUUAGCCAUUGGGAUCUUAGAUGCUUCGGGAAAUGUUUUGAUUGGUAAUUUAUUGGUCCAUAAAAAUGAAAUUAUGGGUAUUAUGCAUGCUAUCUAUGGUGCAGCCGCAACCUGUACACCUCCUAUAGUAACCCACUUCGAUAAAUGGGGACAUUGGUCCUUUUUUUUCCUUAUUCCAUUGGCUCUUUCCAUCAUUGGAAUGAUUAUUAUCAUUCCAUCUUUCAAAUAUGAGACUGCCUUAAAAUAUGAUUACAUAUGUAAUACUGAAGACAAUCAAUCUGAGAAUAUUGAUCCUAACAGCAACAAUAAAAAUAAUGAAAAGGAAUCGUUCUUUCAAUUAUUUCAAACGCCUGCAAUUUGUUUAUAUUCCAUCUUCCUGUUUGCAUAUUUAGGUGCAGAAAUUAACACAGGUGCAUGGUUCUUUACAUAUUUACUACAGACAAAAUCAGAAGACAGAAUCAAGAUGGCAUAUAUCUCUUCCUCAUUUUGGAUAGGUCUUACAAGUGGCAGACUAGUGCUAGGGUUUGUUACAAAAAGAGCUUUUGUUAAUGAAUAUAGAGGUGCACGUACAUACUCAUUGUUAACUCUAAUAUUUUAUACCUUGUUUGUGUUUGUUGGGCUGAUCGACAGCACGUCAAACUUAUAUUUUGGAGUCAUGUUUAUUAUCAUGUUUGCAUGUGGGUUCUUUAUUGGCCCACUGUUCCCAUCUGGGAGUAUUGUAGCAUUACGAGUGUUGCCUGCAAGAUUGCAUGUCAGUGGAAUAGGUAUUGCUGUGGCAUUAGGUGGUUGUGGUGGUGCAGCACUGCCUUAUCUAUGUGGGAUACUACUUCAUAUAAUGGGAAUCCAGUACUUCCCUUUCUUAUCUACAAUUUUAGUCGCAUCCUUCACCGUUGUAUGGUUCCUUUAUCCAAGAUAUAUAAAAGAUCAUCCAGAAUACUUGUAA